UCAGAAAUGUGCUGGUUGCAAAUUUAAACAGCAUUCAGAGCUGCAAUUAAGCGUAGAUUUUCACUUGCUGGUUUAUCUGAUGAAUAAGAAUUUUAUGAAAAAUUAAGAUUAAAAAUAGUCCAGGAUUUUUUUUAAAGCUCCAAGCCUAACCUGAGUAGUCCUGUGUGAAAGCAACAGUAUGGAAGAGGAAAUGCGAUUGGGUGAGAAUGAACAAGUAGCGGCUGGAAGCAACGAGGGACAAUCCAGUGCAGAAAUGUUUGACAGCAGUCCUGUACCAACUAAACGAGGAAGGGGGAGGCCAAAAGGCUCCAGCAAAUUGAAGAUUUCUGUGAAAGAUGUCAGCCUUCCAGAGAUACAUUCAGAUGUUUCCAGUGGUGCAUCGGCACAGCUGCCGAAGCGAAGAGGACACCCCAAAAAAGUUGUGUCUCAGCACCCAACUGCACAGCCUCAUAGAGGUCGAGGAAGGCCGAAAGGGUUGAGAUCCAAGAAAGAUGCUAGUAAUGAAGACCAUUCACCUAAGAAAAGAGGGCGACCCAAGGGGUCUUUGAACAAAAGUACACUUGAGAAGGCUGCUGCCAGUCGGAAUGAUUUGGGAGAAAAUGUACCAAAUGGUUCCAGUUUGCCCAAAAAGCCAAGGGGUCGUCCGAAAGGAUCCUCCAUGAAACGCAAGGCAGAAAGUAUUGAAGAUAAUGACAGCGGCUCUUCAAUACCUCGGAAAAGGGGAAGACCAAAGAAACCUCAUGUAAUUAUAUCUGCAGAAUUGGAAGUGGUCGUCUCCACCAAAAAGCUGAAGCGUGGUCGACCAAGAAAAGAACCAGCCAAAAGAGGAAGGCCACGAAAGUUCCCUUUACAUUCUUCUAAGGAUCGGAAAAAGGCAGCAGUAUGGAAGCCCCUGGGAAGACCACGUAAAUAUCCACGGCUUGAUCCUCCAGAGGGAGUCCCACUGGUGCUUCACCGAGGCCGCGGUCGGCCUCGCAAGUCAGAGUCCAAGAAGGGCGCUCACCUCCGCAAGAAAAAAUCACCAUCGCUAAACAAUGUUGGUGAUGGAAUCCCAAGAAAAAGAGGCCGUCCCUUGGGUACGGCAAAAAACACAGAUGAGCCAGGAGGAAAAAGGGGCCAUCCCAAAGGCUCAGUCAAAAAUAAAGCCAACCUUUACACCGCACCGCCAGUACCAGACAAGAAUGAUUCAGCUGCUGUCGAGGAAGAUAGGGAGGAGCAGGCAGAGGACAGCAGGCGCACAGGAAGAAAUUGAAGAGUCGGUUAUCGAUCAGGACGGAAACUUUGACGCUCCCGAUGGUUGCGACUACACAGAGGAAACUGAAACUACUCUGGACUGAAGUCAGUCACGAGGUUUGAAGAGUGGUUUUAAUUUGGUUUGACCAAAAAGUGUGCAAGGAAAUGAACUCACACAGCACAAACAGAAAAUACGACACUUGUAGUUGCUGUUUAAAACAUAGAACAUGAGCUUGUCAGUGUUGUUUUUAACUUCUUUGUUUUUAAAUAGGACGAUAUUAAACAGCUGAAAUUUUAAAAUAGUGUGGUCAGUCUCUCAUUGGAGUAAAUGGUUUUAAACAUUUUACUUAUAAUAAACUGGCAUGUAGAAUUUAAUGCAGACAUUUUUCUCUAGUUGUAAUUUAGUUUUUCAGUUUUGUCAGUUUUAGUGUAAAUGCACAUGAACGUUGGGUCCCUCCUGUUUUUUCAGGGAAUGAUUCUGAGGAAAUAAUAAAAAAAUAAAAUAAAAUCUGGGAGAAUAUUUGAAACUGAACUUUUGAAUAUGUGUGAGGAGGAUUGAGAGACAUUAUUGUUAAGCGCUUUGAGCAUCUGAUGCAGAUGGAAAAGCGUUAUAUAAAUGCAGUCCAUUUACCAUAAAAAAAAAAAUAAAAUAAUUAUGACAACAUUUGAAAUGGAACUUGAAUAUGUGUGAAGAGGGUUGGGAUAAUGUCUAAAUUAUGUCAGUGAUAUUUUUGUAUGUAAUUUCUUGAUGCCAUUACAUGGUUUUUUAUUAUUGCGCCCCCCCUUAUUGCCAAAGGUUUGAAUUUGCCAUCGUUUUUUGCAGUGAGGUGUCCUGCAUAGAUUGGCUUCUUAACAUUUUGUCACGUGAUCACCGUGUGUGUGUGUGUGUGUGUGUGUGUGUGUGUGUGUGUGUGUGUGUGUGUGUGUGUGUGUGUGUGUGUGUGUGUGUGUGUGUGUGUGUGUGUGUGUGUGUGUGUGUGUGUUUUAAGGCACUUUAGGCUGUUCAGCCCCAUCAACAACGCCUGCUUGGUUGCCAUGAUGAUUUCUUCCUCCACUCAUAUAUCUUUUUCCGCUUAAUGUGUAGCUGUGACACAUUUUUAAAAGUGUAUAUUUGUCAUGAGAUUAAACUCAAGCGUGUUUUUUUUU